CUUCUUAUGCAUUUGACGCUGCCGGUCUAUUAGAACGAAGUUGUCUUUUAAACUAUAUAAACUAUAUUGACUAUAUUUGUGUUGUCUUAAAUGUUUUAAAAAUGAGUAAAUUUAGCAUUAAAAUUGAUCUUUCAACAUUUUUCGAGGACGAACGACAAAUGGUACUCCUUAUGGUUGACACAUCUGUGUGGACUCAUGUAAAGUGUCUACAAAAGCGGGUCGAGUCGCUCUUCGAAGUGGAUUCUGUCCGAUUUUUGAAUGAAGGUUGUUUUCUUCAUCCGAAUGAACCAAUUGAAAUAUUAAAAUUUUGCAAGGAGCUGAAGGCAUUUGUACCGAAGGAGUCACUGGAGAAGAGGAAAAGUAGAAAAUCUGCUAAACAUAAAGAAUCAUGUAGCGGCAAAGAAGAGAUUGCACACAGUGAUAGUGCCAAUGAUCAAAGUGGUGCUUUGGAACCACAAGACUGUGUUGAUGUAAAAAAGAAACGUAAAUACCGUUCGUUGGGUGAUUUUAAUACAUCCACACCGAACAAUUGCUCUAAACGUGUAAAGAACUGCAUAGCCAUAAAUGCUACAAUUCGGGAAGAUGAAAGGCGUGUCAAUAAAUCUUCAGAAAUAACCAGUACUAGUAAUGAACAGAUGCCACCACCAUCUACUGUUUCAUCGAAAUCGAGUAGGAAGAGUAAAAAAUCAAAACAGGCUUCUAUUUCAAUUGUAGAAAAUAGUGGAUUGGACAAGGAUGCAGACGAUGAUACAAUGUCUUCAAACGACGAUACUACAAUUACAAAUCAAGGGCCAAAUAUAUCCAAAAAUAUAUCUGUUAUGGUUGAUAAUCAGGUCGAACAAGUUAUUGAUAAACACGAAACUUCUGAGAUACGCAAAAGAAAGCAGAAGGAAUUAAAAUCCCUAACAGAAAACUCUAUGGACAAAUCUUCACCUCCAGCCCGCAAUAGUAAUCUGCCGUCUUCAACAUUUAUAAACAAUUCGAUCCAAUCUAACAAACCACCAAAGAGAUCAUCAAAAAAUCCCUUUAGAAACUCGAAAUCUUCUAAUUCUAGGCAUUUAUUCUUUAAUGAGUCUGGAGAAAUAUCCACCACUACCAACACAACAGUCAAUGUACAAGAAAAAGAAAAUAAAAAUCCUCCUAUUAAUAUUGUGUUCCGAUGUCAAAUGGAAAGUAUGGAUACAAAAAUACCUAGAAUCCUGCACAUUAAAAACAAGAAUAUGAAAGAAUGUAGUAAAUCAAAGAAAAAAACAAUAGAGAUACAAGAAAAUAUUCUUAUUCAAGCUGUUGAUGUGGUGAGAAAAUCUGUGACAUCAAAGAACAUAUUAGAGGAGGCAAAUGACACAGAAAUGGGAUCACGACCCAACAAUCAAACUAUGGCAGAUAAUAGCAUUGUCCAAGAUGAAGAUGAAAGUGUGGUUGAUUCAAAUAACUCUAUUGGUACCACCGACCAUAAAUCUAAAGAAGUCUAUGUAUCCAAAAUUUCGAAUGGAAACGGUGUCCUACAAGAAAUAACAACAACAAACAAUGAUAGAGAGGUUUCGGAGAUGGAAAUAACAAAUAUUGAAGACGCCUGUGAAAUGAAGGAGGAUGACAAUAGCGAUUCGAAAUAUAAUAAUGAAUCUAGUAUUCUUUCAGUAGAUUGUGUAGAUCUUAGUACAGAGGAAGAUGAUGCCAGUACAAUACAGAAUAGCAAAAAAGUUGUUGAAGAUCUGUGUAUAUCAGACACAUCCGACGUGGAGGAAGUCAUUGAUCUAAAUGAGACAGAUGAUGUGAACAAAAGUCAAACAUUUUCUAAUAAAACAGUUGAAAGGAAGUCGUCAACUUUUAAUCGAUCAUCCUCGACAUCCAGCAUAGUAAAAAUAAGCCAAAUUAUUUCCUGGUGUAAAGAUACAAAAGAAAUGCCCAAUGUUGGUGAUAUUAUGAUAUUCAAGAUCCCCUUCACCAAUCGCCAUGGUAAUCCGGAUUGCACGAAAUUUUUGGCUGGAAAAGCUGAACGCAUUCAACAUCGUACUAAAACGAUUAAGUUUUUAAUCUUAGAUGGUCACUCAGAGUUGCAUUUUGUAUCGAAUCAAUAUCUUAAUAAUUACUUGGAUAAUUCAAUGUGCGAUGAAAAAUUUGUCCAAAUUAAAUUCAAUGAAAUGAUACAGCCAAGAUUAUUACCCAAGAAUAAGCAAAGUCUGUUGUAAUGUUUAGUGUUUUUUUAGAUUUAGUUUUUUUUUUUCAUUGCUGAAUCGUGACAAUUAAAGACAUAAACUAUUUUAUAUUUUUGCAUGCUUUAAAAUUGUAAUAAAUUUGUAUUUUGAUUAUUUCUUACUGACUCGGACUUAUAUAAAUAACAGAUUUUAAAUUUAUUUAUGUUAAAUAUAAGUUUAAAAAAGCCAAUAAAAUAUAUUUAUAAAUGAGAAAA